AACAAAUUACAACUCGGAGAAGCUUAUUAGGGACACUUCAAGAUUCCCCCAUAUUCCCCACCAAAACAUUCCUAGUUAUAUAUACACAAUACACACAAACACAAACACAGCAGUGUGAGUUGGAAAGGGGAAAAAUGGCGAGCCCUCCGAAGCCAUGGAAAGCGGAAUAUGCGAAGUCGGGUCGAUCUUCAUGCAGAACUUGCAAAAGCCCUAUUGAUAAAGAGGCUUUUCGUCUGGGCAAGAUGGUCCAAUCCUCCCAAUUUGAUGGCUUUAUGCCUAUGUGGAACCAUGCCAGCUGCAUAUUGAAGAAAGCCAACCAGAUAAAGUCCCAAGAUGAUGUUGAUGGCCUUGACAUGCUUCGAUGGGAAGAUCAGGAAAAGAUUAGGAAAUAUGCUGACGGUAGUGAGGCCCCAAAGUCUGGUGGUAGUCGUUCUUCAAGAGCUGCUGCUUCUGCAGCUACAGCCUCUGGGAUUGAAGUUUCGCAGAGCAGCCGUGCUACUUGCAGACAAUGCAACCAAAAGAUCAUGAAAGGGGAUGUACGUAUAUCCGCUAAACCUGAGGGUCAAGGUGCUAAAGGUGUGACCUGGCACCAUGCUAACUGUUACAUGGAAUCAUCUCCUACCAUUGAAGUAAAUAAAUUAUCUGGAUGGGAUGAUCUUUCUGCAUCUGAUCAGACUGCUGUCAUUGCGAUGAUUGAAAAGUCAACUAGCAAAGGUCCAAUAAAUGAUCCAGUAGAUGAUACAAAGCCUAUGCAACAAUCUACCUCUAAAGGUAAUGCUAAGCGCAAAAGUGCAUCAACCAGUGAACAGAAAUUAAAAGUUGCUAAGGCUGAAGGUGAUGUACUGCCAAAUACACCUAAAAAGAAUGCUGAUGCCUUGGGAAUCGACAGCCCACGAGCAUCUACCGUGGACAGAGAACUAGAAACCCAGUCAAAAGAAUUAUGGUCUUUGAAAGACGAUCUCCGGAAGCAUGUCACAACUUCAGAGUUGCGGGAGAUGCUUGAAGUCAACGAACAAAAUUCAAAAGGAUCAGAGCUUGACUUGCGUGAUCGCUGUGCUGAUGGCAUGCUCUUUGGAAAACUCGAGAAUUGCCCUCUAUGUUCUGGGUAUCUUUAUUAUUCCGGAGGGAUGUACAAAUGCAGUGGGUUCCUGUCAGCCUGGAGCAAGUGUUCGUACUCCACAACUGAAUCUGUACGUGUACAAGGGAAGUGGAAGAUCCCAGAAGGGUCAGAAAAUGAAUAUCUUGUCAAGUGGUUCAAGUCACAAAAGGUAAAAAAACCUGUAAGAGUACUUCCUCCACCAACACCUAGUAAACCCUCUGGAACUCCGUCAACAAAAGAUGGAAGGUUGGAGGAUCUAAAAGUUGCUUUUAAUGGAUUAUCUGGGCCGGCUAUGGAGGAAUGGAGGAGCAAGCUUGGAGAGGUAGGUGUACAGAUUCAUGAAAAAGUUAAGAAAGAGACAAACUGCUUGGUUGUAAGUGAAAUGGUGAAUGGUCAAAAUGCUGAAGUAAAGAAGGCAAGGAGGAUGAAGUUACCUAUAGUUAGGGAGAACUAUCUUGUUGAUUGCCUAAAAAGACAGAAGAAGCUUCCGUUUGACUUGUAUAAAAUUGAAGCUUUAGGAGAGACCAGUGGCAGUGAUGUGGUGACGGUCAAAGUGAAAGGAAGGGGUGCUGUGCACGAAGCAUCUGGCCUACAGGAUACUGGACACAUACUUGAAGUUGGGAAGAGUAUCUAUAAUACUACUCUAAACCUGUCUGAUUUGUCUACUGGCGUCAACAGCUAUUAUAUCCUUCAGAUUAUUGAAGAGGACAAAGGGUCAAAUUGUUAUGUGUUCCGUAAAUGGGGACGUGUUGGAAAUGAAAAAAUUGGAGGAAAUAAAUUAGACGAGAGGGACAAAGAAGAUGCAAUUGAAGAAUUUGAGCGACUAUUUCUUGAGAAAACUGGUAACACAUGGCGUGCAUGGGAAAGGAAAGUAGAUUUUCAGAAGAGACCUGGCAAAUUCUUUCCGCUAGAGAUUGAUUAUGGGGUUAAUAAAGAGAUGGUUCAGAGAAAAAACUUUAAGGAUUCUGAUAGCAAACUUGCAAGGCCAUUACUAGAACUGAUGAAGAUGCUUUUUAAUGUGGAAACAUACAGAGCUGCAAUGAUGGAGUUUGAGAUCAAUAUGUCUGAAAUGCCUCUUGGGAAACUUAGCAAAAGGAACAUCCAACAAGGUUUUGAAGCCCUAACUGAGAUUCAGAAUUUACUGAGCAGUAGUGCAUACAAUCCUACUGUCAGAGAUUCUAUGAUUGUCGAUGCCAGCAACCGUUUCUUCACUAUGAUUCCUUCAGUUCACCCACAUGUGAUUAGGGAUGAGGAUGACUUUAAAUCAAAGGUCAAAAUGCUUGAAGCACUUCAAGAUAUUGAAAUUGCCUCCAGGCUAGUAGGCUUUGACACCGAUGAUAGUGUUUCUGUUGAUGAAAAAUAUAAGAUGCUUCACUGUGAAAUGAACCCUCUUCCUCACAACAGUGAGGAUUAUCGGUUGGUUGAGAAAUAUCUCCAAACUACGCAUGCUCCAACUCAUUCGGACUGGUCACUCGAACUGGAAGAGGUUUUCUCUCUUGAAAGGGAAGGUGAAUUUGACAAGUUUGCUCCUUACAGAGAUAAACUAAAGAACAAGAUGCUCCUUUGGCAUGGUUCUCGGUUGACGAAUUUUGUGGGUAUACUUAGCCAAGGAUUGAGAAUAGCCCCUCCUGAAGCUCCAGCAACUGGCUAUAUGUUUGGCAAGGGCGUCUAUUUCGCUGACUUGGUCAGUAAAAGUGCUCAGUACUGUUAUACUGACAAAAAAAACCCUGUGGGAUUGAUGAUUCUUAGUGAAGUUGCCUUGGGUGAAGUGUAUGAGCUAAAGGGUGCCAAGUACAUGGACAAGCCUCCAAGAGGUAAGCACUCCACUAAAGGCCUUGGCAGACAAGUACCCCAGGAGUCAGAAUAUGUUAAAUGGAGAGAUGACGUCAUUGUUCCUUGCGGAAAGCCAGUUCCAUCAAAUGUGAAGGCAACAGAGCUGAACUACAAUGAGUACAUCGUCUAUAAUACAGCUCAAGUUAAGAUGCAAUUCUUACUGAAGGUGAGGUUCCAUCAUAAACGGUGAGGACCUAAAGGAUGAAUUUUGGUGGUUGGAUAGUUGCUUUUGUUAAGAUCUUGUUUCUAGUCUGGACGAGGGCCUAAAGGACUACAGAUUUUGCUGAUGUAUCUUUAAUUGUCGAGGCAUGCUUUUGAUAAAAUCUUGUUUUUAACUCCGCAUGUUUUGUGGUGCAACUUUUGCAAGCAUCUGAUUUUGGUUUAAGUUUUUGCCAUUUCCGCCAAUGUGAAUAUUUUUCAGCUACAAUGAGUAAUUUAGUUCCUGUCAUUCCACUA